AUGGAGACCGUCUUUAUUACCAUCCACGACCUCUCUCGCGAUGCCCGCAUCAAGUAUUGCUCAGACUCUAUUGAGGAUAUCCUGGGCUACUUGCCUAACGAGGUUAUUGGCAAGGCAUGUUGGGAAUACUUCCAUCCUGAUGAAAUCCCGUUCGCCCGCGAGAUCCAUGACCGUGGCAUUGAGCUUGACAAGGCUUCUGUUAUGAACUACGCCAGAAUCAAGCAUAAGAGUGGCGAAUGGAUUGGGUGUGAAUGUGUCUUCACUGUUGUACACGAUGUUCUUGUGGCUAGCACUGCAAUCUAUCGAAGGGGCCCGAGGGCGCAACAACGGGCUCUCGAUGGAGCUGGCGUCCGCCGAAUAUUCUCCUCUUCGCCUCGAGACCCGCGAUACCACAUGUUGUCGUUCUUGUCCAACAAGUUCAGCGAAGAACCAACUACCCCCCUGCCAGAGCCCAGAGCUGCGUUAUUCUUGAACCGCUUCACCCGCACAUCCACCAUAAUGUAUGCUACCAGCGGUGUAUCAACCAUCCUUGGCCUGGAUCCCGAACAGAUCAUCGGCAAGAGCUUCUACUACUGCGUUCAAGAAAACUGUCUUCGAGAUGCAGUCAAAUGUCUCGAAAGCGCAAAAGCUAAUGACUCAAUCGCCUAUUUGAGAUUCUGGUACCGCAACCCGUUGCAACCCGAGAGUCGAACACAUUCGGAAGCCUUGCCGGACAACGAAAGUGAUGAAGACGAGGGAGGUGUUCCACUUGUAGGCUCUGAAAGGUCCGGCUCAACUACCUCGAUGGCUGAUGCCACGACACCUCGCCCUACUCCCGCCACAGUAGACCACCAAGGCACCGGCAGCUCCUCAGUUCAACAACUGGCGCCUGUGGUUGAUAACGGAGUCCACAGAACAAUAUCUAAUAAUAGCACGAACACUGGAAGCGUUGGGCCCGUAGUCUCUGACGAUUUGAACUCAGAUCGGAGGGGCUCAUCACAGACACCUGCUGAGGAUCUUCAGACAGGGCCUUUGGAGAUUGAAGCUGUGAUCUCGUGCACGUCCGACGGACUCGUGGUGGUUCUCCGUAAGGCAAGUCCUCUGGCCCCUCACACUCUCGAGCUCGCAGAGGCUCCUCAUUUUGCCAAUGGAGUGUUUGCGUCCCCUUGGGCGCCAGAACCAGUCAUGCCGGACUCCGUGGUCGGAGCACAGGAUUUAACCACCACAAGCUUCAUGACUGCUAUCAAAGAAGUGGCCGUGUUCGCGUGGUCCCUCACCGGCAUCAACGGCUCGCUGGCGCAGUAUGCUCGUGGCCAUGCAAGCGGUGAAGCAUUGCCCCCUGACGGUCUCCCCGUCUGGGAUCCCGACGCUGAGGUUGACGAACACUACAACGCAGAAUACAAUGGCUUCCUUGCCAGUGCUCACCGGCCUUUCCAAAGUCAUGGCAGUCUCGGUGUAUCCAGAAAAGAGGAGGAUUCAACCAGCAGUGAGGAUGAGGUGGUCUGGAAGCGGGCUCCAAUACUACCACCCUGGCGCCGACCGAAGAGGAGAGCACAUCACGACGCUUUCGGCGGUGAUGUACACGAUGGCGUAGACGGCGGUACUGAAGAUGGCGGCAGGAAGAGGCAUGCCAGGUCGCAAGAUGGUUCUGGUACUGGCUCGGGCUCAGGCUCAGGCUCGGCCACCGGCACUGGCUCUGGAGCUGGGUCUGCUACAGGCUCGGUCUGA